AUGAAUUACGAGCUCAUAUUUUUUGGAAUGGUUUUUCCAAAAAUUAUACUGAUUGGAUAUGGCAUGGUGAAGGGGAAACGGGUACUGAGAAUCAUAGCUACGAAGACCAUGCAGAGGAACUUAAAUACUCACCAUGGUAAUGAAAAUGAGGUGCUUGAUGAGGUGUUUGAUGAGAUGUUGCACGAUACGGAGGAGAAUCUCACAGAGGGGCCACCUGAUUACGAAAGUUUGUUGACUGACGCCGAGACACCUUUGUAUCCAGGGUGCAGUAAGUACACUCAAUUAACAGGUGUACUAGAAUUAUUUGAACUGAAAGCGGAAGCCGGGUGGACUGAUUAUCAUUACUCAAAAUUGAUGGUAAAAUUGAAAGAUAUGUUUCCCGAAGGUAACACGCUUCCGAGUUCUACUUAUGAGACUAAGAAGAUGUUGUGUCCGAUGGGUUUGGAUGCUGAGAAAAUACAUGCUUGCCCUAAUGAUUGCGUAUUGUAUCGAAAGGAUUAUAAUGAUUUGCAUGAAUGUCCAACUUGUGGGACAUCGCGAUAUAAGGUGAAGAGCAACGGUGAAAACACCAAUGAACCUGCUAAGGUAAUGUGGUACCUACCUGUAGUGCCUAGGCUCAAGCGCUUGUUCGCUAAUGCUAAAGAUGCAGAAAAUUUGACAUGGCAUGCAGACGGGCGAAAUAAAGAUGGAAUGCUUCGGCAUGCUGCUGAUUCCCCUCAAUGGAAACAUAUUGAUACUAAUUUUCCAAAUUUUAGUCGUGAAACAAGGAAUUUAAGGCUACGCUUAUGUACAGAUGGAAUCAACCCAUUUGGUAACAUGAGUAGUCAGCAUAGCACUUGGCCAGUUCUGUUGGUGAAUUACAAUUUACCACCUUGGUUGUGCAUGAAGCGCAAAUACAUUAUGUUGUCAAUUUUGAUAUCUGGGCCUAAACAACCUGGAAAUGACAUAGAUGUGUACUUGGCACCACUGAUUGAGGAUUUGAAGAAGUUGUGGGAUGAAGGUGAGCGUGUGUAUGAUGAAUAUCGUAAGGAAACAUUUACUUUGCGUGUUAUGAUCUUCUGCACAAUUAAUGACUUUCCUGCGUAUGGGAAUUUAUCUGGCCAUGUUGUCAAGGGAUACAAAGCUUGUCCUAUUUGUGAAGAUGAUACCAAAGCUGUUCAAUUGAAGAGUAGCAAGAAGGUUGUAUACCCAUUUCAACGAGUAUUUCUACCUCGCAAUCACCCUUAUCGUCGGCUUCGCAAGGCUUUUAAUGGAGAACCAGAACAUAGAUCUCCUCCUAAGCCUCUUACUGGGAAACAAGUUUAUGAACGUGUAAAGGACAUCAAUUGUGUUUUCGGCAAACCCUACAAGUCUCUUGGUGACAAGUUAUGUUAUAAAAAGAGGUCUGCGUUUUGGAUCUUGCCAUAUUGGGAACAUCUUAGUGUAAGGCAUUGUAUUGAUGUGAUGCAUGUUGAGAAAAAUGUAUUUGAUAGUUUGAUCGGAACGCUUCUGAACAUGCCAGGGAAGACUAAAGAUGGAGAGAAGGCUAGAAAUGACAUGGUCAAGAUGGGAAUACGCCUUGAAUUGAAACCUACAAAAAAGGGAAAGCGAUAUUACCUACCUCCAGUUUGUUAUACUUUAUCUAAGAAGGAGAAAAAAGUAUUAUGCGAGUCCUUACAUAAUGUGAAAGUUCCAUCUGGAUAUUCGUCGAACAUUCGAAACCUCAUGUCAUUGAAAGAUUUGAAAUUAGUUGGAUUGAAGUCUCAUGAUUGUCAUACUUUAAUGCAAGAGAUAUUGCCGAUUGCAAUUAGGUUGAUUUUACCCAAACAAGUACGACAAGCUAUAAUCAGACUUUGUUUGUUUUUCAAAGCUAUAUGUUCGCGGGUACUUGAUCAUGGUAAAUUAGACUCUUUGCAAUCACAACUCAUUGUCACAUUGUGUCAACUUGAGAUGUAUUUUCCGCCCUCCCUUUUCGACAUCAUGGUGCAUUUGGUUGUUCAUUUAGUGAGAGAGGUCAAACUUUGUGGGCCGGUGUAUUUAAGGUACAUGUAUCCGUUUGAGCGCAAUAUGGGUGAUUUGAAAGGUUAUGUGAGGAAUCGAUCUCGUCCAGAAGGCAGAAUAGUUGAGGGAUAUCUAACUGAUGAGGUCCUUAGAUAUUGCAUCGAGCAUUUAGAAAAGUUAGAAACACUAGGACUUCCAAAGCCUCGUCACAAUAAGAGAGAGUACAAGGUAUUGGUACAGUUGGUCAUAAAGUGCUAA